CGCGAAACAUCGGUUCCUAGUGGCUCACUCCAACCACGCAGUCUCCAGUGUAGUGAUCAUUAUAAGGUGCUCCUUGAACUACAUUUAGAAUGUCAGCAGAAAUGGCCCUAGAGACACCGUCAUGGUUGAACAUCGACUUCGCCGAGAGGAUCCUUCGGUUGUCCGAAGACGACAGCACCAUUCAGGUGAUCGAUGUAUUUACAAAACGGGCUACCAACAAGGGUGACAACUACACUAGCGACAUGAUGAGGGUGACGAUCGAGUUCUCCCGGAAACAGGGCGACAAGAGAGUUAACGAUAAGAAGGCGCUCAUCUUCAAAUUCGAGCCGAUGGAGGAAGGUCCCCGGCAAGAUUUAAUCAGGAAAAUCCAAAUCUUCGACACGGAGAUCGCUAUGUUGUCCGACACCCUGAAGAAGAUGAACGACAUGUUGGGCUGUCGGCUCGGUGCGCACAUUUACCACGUCAGGAUGGAACGACCACUGUGUUUGAUCAUGGAGGAUCUGGCAACUCUAGGAUUUCGUAUGGCUAACCGUCAGCUCGGACUUGAUUUGACUCACACGAUGAUGACUAUUCGAGCAUUGGCGAAGUUUCACGCGUCCUCUGUUGCUUUGUGCGAGAAGGAACCCAAGCAAAAAGCAAUCUACUGGAAGGGAAUGUUUAGUUCAGAAUAUCCUGAGGAUAUAGUAAAUUUCAUGGUAACGAGUUCCAAGGGUAUAGCCGCGGAAGUAGACAAGUGGCCAGAGCUUGGAAAAAGGUAUGGAGAUAAAAUUAGAAGUAUUGUUCCAAAACUGUAUGAAAAGAGUCUGGAAGUUAUGAAGCGAAACGACGACGAGUUUAAUGUCAUCAAUCAUGGAGAUUGUUGGGUUAAUAAUAUGAUGUUCCGAUACGACGAAAACUCGAAGCCUAUUGAGCAUAUUUUUGUGGAUUUCCAACUGUGCGUCUACAAUUCACCCGCGAUCGACCUGCACUAUUUCCUGGCUACCAGCCCGUCCGAGGAAGUUUACACCAAUCACCUAGAGGAAGUGAAGGAGGAGUACCUGCGUACGCUCACGUUGACCAUGCAAAAACUCAACUGCAAAACGUCGCCGCCUACCAUGGAUGAGUUGAAAAGAACCCUGAAAGAACGAGCGUUCUAUGCGCUGGUAGCAUCGUUCACUGUUUUGCCAUUAGUUGUGGCCAACAAAGAGGACGUGAUAGAGGUCGACGAAUUGGUGAACAAAGAUGCGUCUUUAACAUAUUUAACCGGUGAACAGCUCCGGAAGAUACUGACGCGAAGAAUACCAGAAUUUGACGAAUUAGGCCUGUUAGAUCCGUAAAUUCGAUGUUUCUAAUAAGAUAUUAGAAAUUCAAAUCGAGGGAAAGUUAAAUGAAAACCGCAUGUGCUAACUGCGCGACUUGGUUUAUAUUGAAGGCUGUGGAAUCCCAAUUAGCCAAUUGAAUUACGAUGCUGACAUCAAUCGAUCGAGAUUGUUCAGUUUUUAUACACUUUUUACUACGGAACGAGAGUUUAACGGUAUUUCUAAGUAAUGUAAGAUAGAGUCAAUCUUAGAGCACAAACAUGUGUAAUUCUAACAUUUAUAAAAUCUGACGACAAUCAUUGCAGAGUUUUAUUAUUAAAUUCUCUGAGAACAAAACAUGGAGUAACAGUUGCAACGAUAAGAACGUUUGACUGAGAAAAAUGACAAGUUUGUGUUCUAGGAUUAACCAGCAAAAGAAAAUAUGUACGUCGGAAAUGGUCUUCCGUGUUAGCCGAAUAGUACAAAUUUAGUAAUAUACUUUACAACGUUAAUCAACUACUGUGACGAUUUCCUAAUGGGGCAUGCCAUCAUCGGGCAUGUAGAAUAAACAAGGUAUUAAGCUAGA